AGACAGAGCUGAUAUCUUUGCCAACGUUGAGGAGAGGGCCUCAACACCUCCUGAUAUGCUCAUUGGACCUGACUCUAACUGUACGCUGUCAUUUACGAGCGGAACGCAAGGACUGCCCAAGGGCGUGCUUGGCCGUCAUUACAGCCUAGCAAAGUAUUUCCCGUGGAUGGCUGAGAAGUUCGGCCUCUCAUCAGAAAGCGUAUUCGCCUGUCUUUCCGGAAUUUCCCAUGACCCAAUCCAGCGAGAUAUCAUGACGCCCUUGGCCUUGGGCGCAAGCCUAAUCCUGCCCACCAAGGAGGAUAUCCAGCACGUAAAGUUGAGUGAAUGGAUGAGAAAGUGGUCACCAACGACAACUCAUCUUACGCCUGCCAUGGGACAGAUUCUGGUUGGUGGCGCCACAGCGCAGUUUCCUAGCCUGCGCCAGGUCUUCUUCUUUGGUGACGUCCUCACUACUCGCGACUGUAGGAGUCUUCGUCAGCUAAGUCCCGCCUGCACCAUCAUCAACAUGUACGGAACCACAGAAACUUCUCGCGCUGUAUCCUACCUUGAGGUCCCUUCCGCCCAGGAGGACCCUACAGCCCUGGACUCACUCGGCGACUCUAUUCCCGCUGGCUGGGGCAUGAAGGGUGUCCAGGUAUUGGUUGUGGAUCGAGAAGAUCACACCAAGAUCAGUCCGAUCGGUGUGGUUGGAGAGAUCUAUAUCCGCGCUGCUGGUCUUGCCGAACUUGAGACUCAGGGCCUCCAGGAUAUCGACGAAGAGGGUGUAGACAUAGGACCCUGUACUGUCUACCUCAAGAGGUUCCGCCGUAUCCAAGCAGAGGUGCGAGACCACCUCAAGUCUCGCUUUCCAGCGCACUCCGUUCCUUCGAUCUACAUUGUGUUGCAGAAGCUGCCUCUUAACCCGAACGGAAAGGUUGACUCUCCUAAUCUUCCUUUCCCCGAUGCCUCUCUUAUGACAGAGGAUGCCUCGGAAGAGGAUCUGAAGAGCUGGGAACCCUUCUCUGAGACUGAGAAGACUAUUGCGACACAAUGGUCAACUCUAAUCCCGGGUUUGAACGCCAAGAUGGUCAGGCCGGACUCAAGUUUCUUCGACUGUGGUGGUCACAGUCUUCUUGCCCAGCAACUGUUACUUAACCUUCGCAAGGAACUGCGUGUCGAUGUCACCAUCGGUGUUCUCUAUGCAAAUCCCACUCUUCGCGGCCUGGGCAGCGCAGUCGACAGUCUUCGCAGCGGCCAGGCUGUCACAGUCGACCGUUCUAACGAUACUGUUUACUCUGACUCCCUCGAUGAGCUUACCAAUACUCUAGACGCGAAGUAA